GAGAGAGAGAGAGAGGGAGAGAGGAGAAAGAGGGGGUUGGCUUUAGUGUGAUGUGAAUGGAAUAGAAUCAGCGCGAGAGGGAGAAAGAGGGAGGAGGGCAGCACAAAUCAACCUGCCUCUUGAAUUAACCAACGGAAUAGAAGAGCCGGUAGACUCAGAGAUCGGGAAGUGUGUUUGUCAUUUUAUUUUUGGAGAGAGGAAGAGAACGGCAGACAUGAGGAACUGAAGGAGGGGGAGAAGGAGCCUCACCGUGGAGAUAGAUAGCAGAAAAAUGCUGUCAUGGGGAGAGAAGGGGAGGGAGUCGGCAGAGAGGAACAGGAUGAAACAAGGCAGGGUCGAGCAGAGCUGAAAUGUGGAGGAGGCGCGACGUUUUCCAUCAGGGCGAACUUUGAAUGCACCUUGUUUUACUGUAGCCACCGUCAUACUUUAUGGUAAAUGCUUUUCUGGUAGCGGCUCUGCACCACUGCACCUGCUCUUUAGGCUGCAAGCACGAGAGAGGAGAUGCAAGUGAAGAGCUAGACAGGAAGAAGCCUCGUACCUUCUUGAGAGCGACCAAAGGUUUCAGCUUCAGUUGAUUGACGUCAGCUUGGUGGCGCAUCUGCGAUGAAUUAUGACUGAAACUGGCUGAUUUGUACCUGAAACAAAACCCAGUUUGUUGGUGGCCAGUGGACCUGACCAAAAGGGAAGCAGCAGGCACUGAAGAGGGCAGAUGAAUGGAUGCCAUGUUGACAGAGCCUCUGCUACAAAGAGGACUCGGGCUCCAGUGAGGAUCCUCUCAUCCUUAUUCUUAAGGAACCCGACUGGAGCACCACCAAAACACACAUCUGCACAUCUGGACGGACCCAUGCAACCAGACACAGCUGAAUAUUCUCCACAAUCUCAAGAACUCAAUGACUUGGGAUAAAGUGCGGCAGCUCACAGAGACAUCCAUGGGUUGAGAAAAUUCAACCAUCUCAAGUGGUGUGAAUGAGGACUAUAUUUGUUGCUUUCACUCAGAGGGGUUUCUCAUCUUUGCGCGCAGUGCUCCCAUCUCACACCAGCACCAUAGAGACCAGGACAGACGUUUUACUGGGAGAGCAGAAAGCUCUGCACCAGACUGGAGAUACCAUUGUUGGACUGGAGUCCGUUUUUCAGGCACCAUGCAGUCAGAUGACCUCUUCAUCCGCAAGUUUCGCCGUCAGAACAUGCGGCCGCCUAUUGCCACCGUCAACUUUGACCCCAACCGGGAAGCAGGUCUAGUGGAGUGGCCGCCAAGGAGGGAGGCUGAUGGAGCGGAGGAUGACAGCCUCACUCCGAGCCGCGUGGGCCUGACGCUGAGGUCGGUGGGCCGCGGCCACAUCAUGCAGAGGAGUAACAGCGAUGUAACCUUAGGAGACUUGGACUCCUCCGGGAAGGCAGGGGGGAAAGCAGCUCGGGUGGUUGGUGAGAAGGUGGGUGCGGGGGCUCAGGGUGAUGGGGGUGUGCUGCUACACAGGGAAUACGGCAGCCUGUCCUCACUGGAGAGACAGACUCAAGCACAGGAGCCCCACACAGACGACCAGGGGCCCCUGAGUCCAAAUGCCCUUCGCUUCAAAGACCCUUUCCUGCUUUUGGGCCUGCAGGGCAACCCUCCAGAGCCUGAUGGAUUCUUUCGGGGUCUGUCUGUUUCCACAGGGGACUCCCCAAAACCUGCCAAGCCGCCGAAGCCUGAAGGUCUAAGUAAGAAGACCAAAACCCCUCAGAUCCCUCAACCGGGUCCGUAUGACAACAUUGGGGGCGGAGCCUGGGUGAGAAACUUUGCCCACUACGACGUCCAGAGCAUCCUGUUUGACCUCACCGAGGCGGCCACAAACAGAGACAGCAUCGGACGGAAAAAGAAUAUCACCUCAGGGGCUUCAGCCGCCUCCCAACUGCGCCCCCUCUCCCAAGCCACCCCGUCCUCACCUGCACAGGGCGGGGGAGGCAACGGGGUGAAUGCAGAGGACCCUGAGCAGUCGCUGUUGCUGGACGAAGGUGAUGGCAACGAUAACGAGCUCCUGCUCAGCUGCCCCCACUUCCGCAAUGAGACGGGGGGAGAAGAGCAGGUGGGUCUUGGUCGAUCCCAAGAGAGGCGGGGACUCUGGUCGAGCCUGCGAACCCCCAACGAUGCAGUGUCGGUCCUGGAGGAGCCCAGAGAGAGUCACGUUCAACAGCAGGGCAAGAGCAACUACUUCAUAGAGCAUGCAGAUCUGGGAGCCCAUUACUACCGCAAAUAUUUCUACAUGAAAGAACACCAGAAUUUCUUCGGCAUGGACGACCGCCUCGGCCCAGUGGCCAUCAGUUUCCGUCGGGAGGAGAAGGAAGGAUCCAGCGGAGCUCAGUACAAUUACAGAAUCAUCUUUCGCACCACAGAGAUGAAGACGCUGCGAGGUUCCAUCUUGGAGGAGUCUGUUCCUUCUGCCGCUCGUCACACGACCCCUCGAGGCUUGUCCCCCAAGAGGCUGCUGGAGUUCAUCAUGCCUGAACUGAACCUGCACUGCCUUCGCUUGGCGUCGAACUCCCCCAAGGUCAGGGACACCCUGCUGAAGCUGGACGAACAGGGGCUGAAUUUCCAGCGAAAGGUCGGGGUGAUGUACUGCCGGGCCGGGCAGAGCUCAGAGGAAGACAUGUACAACAACGAGAGCUCGGGCCCGGCGUUUGAAGAGUUCCUGGAUCUGCUCGGGGAGCGUGUGCGGCUGAAGGGCUGGGAGAAGUACAGAGCCCAGCUGGACAACAAGACGGACUCAACUGGGACACACUCCCUCUACACACGCUACCAGGACUAUGAGAUUAUGUUUCACGUGUCUACUAUGCUGCCCUACACAGCCAACAACACGCAACAGUUGCUGAGGAAGCGACACAUCGGUAACGACAUCGUAACGAUCGUGUUCCAGGAGCCAGGCGCCCUGCCCUUCACGCCAAAGGCCAUCCGCUCCCAUUUCCAACAUGUCUUCAUCAUCAUUCAGGUCCAUGAGCCCUGCACCGACAACACCUAUUACAGGGUGGCUGUGACACGCUCUAAAGACAUGCCAUUAUUUGGCCCACUCUUCCCUAAGGGCGCUCGAUUCCCUAGCUCUGCCGCCUUCAGAGACUUUCUCCUGGCGAAGGCCGUGAAUGCUGAAAACGCCGCAGAGAAGUCUGAGAAGUUCCGCUCCAUGGCCACCCGCACACGGCAGGAAUACUUGAAGGACCUGGCUGAAAACUAUGUGACCACCACACCGAUCGAUUCCUCCACCAAGUUCCCCCUGCUCUCACUGGGUGGCAAGCGCAAAGACAAGCUGAAGGGCACCAAAGGGGCCGAGCUGCACAGUGCUGGGGCGCUGGUGUGGGCUGUGAUGGUCAACGGGGGAGACGAUGGGGAGUCUGGAGAACUCAGGCUCCCCUGUCUGCUCGGGGUGUCUGCUGAGUCGGUGGUGCUCAUUGAGAGGUGCACACGCAGGGUGGUGUUUAACUGCUCCUGUCGAGAUGUCAUCGGCUGGAAGGCAGUGACAGAGACUAAGGAGGGCGGGCCCUGCUUGGAUAUCUUCUACGAGCGCGGGGAGUCUGUGUCAAUCAGUGUGAUGAUGGAGAGCCAGGCGGAGGAUAUACGAGAGGUGGUGCAGAGGCUAGAGCUGGUGACGCGGGGCUGUGAGGCUCUCGAAGUCACCCCUUUGCGCGACGGUGUCGGACAGCCCGGAUUCCUGAUGAAUGAGGAGGGCUUUGUGACGGAGCUGCAGCGGUUCUGUUACGCUGAGAGCGGCGGCCUGCAGCUGUGGGCUCGCGUGGUGCGACUGUGUGGCCACUCGCUGGUUCACCUGAGCCCCGAGGAGAGGACCAGGCUGCUCCGCACUGCGCACAAGAUCCACAUCACUGUCAUCCCACCUGACGAGAACGGCAAGCCACGCAGAAGUUUCUCCGAGCUGUACCAGAAAGCCAUCAAGGAUGCGGAGUGUAAACCCGGCGAGGAUCAGUCUGGAGAGGCCUGGGUACUGGACGAGAGGGAAGAAGAGGAGGAGGAAGAGGAAGAGGUAGAGGAGGAGAAGGAGAAGGAGAAUGAGGAGGAGAAGGAGAAGGAGAAGGAGAAGGAGAAGGAGAAGGAGAAGGAGGAGGAGAAUGAGGAGGAAGAAGAGCAUAAAGAGGAAGCAGAAGCAGAUGCAAAGGAUGAAAAGCCGACGGCGAGUGGGGUCAAUGAAGCGGACGUGACGGAGGUGCAGGUGGAAGCCAAAGAGGACAAAGGACAGUCGUGUGAUGGAGGGCAAAGUGAGAGCGGUCAUGGCUCGCUCCUCGCGCCGCACAGCUUACCUUUGUUACGAGCCACGUCUCUGCAGGACCAACCAGCCAUUCAGAGCCAGGAGGGCAGCGGCUCGCAGCUCACACGGAGCUGCUCCUUGGAGAGGCAGCCGACCUACAGGGAUGCGUGUGAUGUGCACGUGUACGACAAUGUGGAUCUGAAGGGGGAAUGCCACCUCUAUGACAACGUAGGCAAGCUGAGGGACGCCAUACCUGAUCUGAUCCUGGCUGUCAAACCCAAGGUUCCCCUGGAGGACGAACAGUUCAUGGGCGCUGAGUUGGGUGAUGACAAAGCUUCAGUGAGUGACUCGUCUUCCCGGUUGUCAUGUUUAGACCGUGCUGAAAGAAAUUCACGAGCCCUAAGUCUUCACAACUCCAUCACCAAGAUUCUCUCAGAGACGACAGAGUCCACUGAGGAGGAGUGGCAGUCCAUCGCUGACUUGGCCACGGCGUGCCGCGGCAUCCUGGAGGCUUUGUCACGAGAAGACCAUAAAGCCGGAGACCCCUCCCAAGCUGACCAGACAGACGGCAUGCUGAAAGACUCAAAGGAGAGUGACUCUCCAGGCCACCUCGAGGAGAAGGUGUCACAGCUGGAGUCCAUGCUGAAGAGGCUGCAGGAUGACCUGCAAAAGGAGAAGGAGGACAAGGCGAUGCUGCAGGCCGAGGUGCAGAGCCUCCGGCAGAACAACCAGCGGCUGCAGGAGGAGUCGCAGAGCACAGUGGCUCGCCUCAUCAAAGUCACCGAACUGCUGUGCAACGUCAACAAGCCCUGUUAGCUUCACCCCAGCACGCACAAACACACAAAUCAGCAGAAAGAUGCAACUCUGUACAACGUGCUCGUACGCUCAGUAGACCGAUUUUCUUCGUAUAUAUUCGCAAAGGCAAACACACACGCAUCCUGUUCAAUCUGUGUGUAACCGCAGUCUCAAUCCUGAAUCCUGGACCUGCCUUUCAUUGAGGAAGUAUGCAAAUCAACCCAUGAAAAAGAAAAAAAAUUACAUUUUCAACAUCCCCAUGACCUUCACAGACUGACCAAUGUGCAGCUCUCAGGCUGCUGCGUUGGUGUGCAAUGCCAGAGUGCUUCUCUUGGUGUAUACAGUGCGUGUGUGGAUGUGUGCGUGCCUGUGUGUGUGUGUGUGUGUGUGUGUGUAUGUCUGUGUGCAUCUCUUACUGUACCUUGCUUCAAAUACUUGACAAGCUGGGCUGAAUAGCACUUGCAUAAAAAGGUGGCAAUUAAGAGAGACACUGUAUAGCAUGUUUGGUGGUGUCUUAUCUGAAAUGACCAAAAGUGUGUAUAUAUACUGUAUCACCAAUAAUAUAUGUGAACAGUAGUAUUGCUAUCCUCUCUGCCAGACGUGUAGUUGCAAUGCCUGAGUGUGGUUCUGCCCGGCGCUGAUAGUAUGCAAGG